ACAGGAAUCGAUCCCAGACCGAUCGCGCAUCAGGCGUGCACUUUACCACUGGGCUACGGAGGUAUGCUAAAGAUUUACUAUCAAUACUAUUUUUGAUUCAGAAUUAUUGGAGGGUGGGUGCUAUAGCCACCAGCUCCCCCCGCCCCUUCUCCGCAGUGACUGUGGUGGUCUUAUUAAACAAUUAAUUUAACAACACGAACUUUAACUUUAAACUUUAAUCAUUAUGCAAAUGUGAUAUACCACCGUUAAACCUCUACGUCAUAAUAUACCGUCUCAGACAUUGCAGCAAACGUAAACGAAUUACCUCUGUAUAGUAGACAAAAAACACAAAAAAACAGAUCCCGAAGUCUCUUUCAACUCCGCUUUUCAGCUAACACUCGCUCUGUCUAUUUUUGUUACUGGCGCGAGCAGUGCCUGUUUUAUUACAACGCUGGAUAUUUUUGGGGAGCACUUUGCCAGAAGGCCGGAGCUGAACGAAACGCUAGUCCCGCAGCUAAACGCAGACGCGAGCGUUUUCGCGCCAACAUUGUAGAAUUGAUCUACAGGGGACCAAGGGCAAGGGAAAACACGAAGAAAUGUUCGUCAUAGGAUUACUGUGGGUCGCGAGUUUCAUGGGCCAUAUUGUCUGCUCGGCUAGUGCGGGUGUGAACGCGGACUCGUACCUGGAGGAGGCAGGGCAGAUCUACUCGACGAUCUUCCACAAGUACAACGAGAAGGUGCACCCCCCGGACAUGUUCCCCAACCCGCUCAUCGUCAACGUGAACGCCACGUUCAUGCACAUCCGGGACCUCGACAUCAUGAGGCAGGAGAUGGAGAGCAUCAUUGACCUGCAGAUUAAAUGGCGUGACAAGCGACUGGCAUGGUAUCCUUACCAGGUCUCCAACAUCUCGGCCAACAUCAGCACCGUGUGGUCACCUAACAUCGCCUACACCAACAUUGCUGUUCCUGCAAAGCCGAUGUUCAACCCUAAGGUCAACAUUGGGUCAAAUGGGGAGAUAACCUGGCGACGAAGGGAGACAAUCGUAACUACGUGCAAGACUCAACUGAGGAACAACACCCAAGUUUGCAUGAUAACUCUCGGGUUCGUUGGUUCGGAUUUUCCGGAGACAUUCGGAAACGGAACUGCGUUCACGGUAGCUGAUCGUUUCGGAAACCAUAUGUGGGAAAUUCUCGACUAUGACGUAGAUCGCAAUGACGAAGACACGAACGUAGCAUUUAUACUGACUGUACAGAAAAAAUACUUUGAAAACGGUGGUAACAUGGAGGGAGGGAAUUGCAGCCUCGCCCUCCAGUAUAACCCAAAUAGUGCCUACGUCAUCAAUUCCAGUGUCUUUUCUGUGUUCCUUCUGUUUCUUGGUUACUACUGUCUAACAUCAUUUUUGUAACUCUUCGCUUUAUUUCUCUAAAAUCCGGACCGUGCCUAGCGGGGCUGCAGAAGGGAACUUUACCCCAAACCCCUGAAAAAAAUAAACUUUUAAUUUUAGAACUUCCCUUUUCAUCCAUCUGGAAAAAGCCUUAUAUUACUGUGCCUUGAAUUUGGUUUUUACUUGUCUCCCACCCCCGUAAUUUCAGGUUAGGUGUGGUCCUGUUGGUUUGAUUCUGGUAAAAUCGUUAACUCUACAAUCUGCAAAUGGUACCAGAAAUGUCACAUAGAAAUAGUACCAGAAGUGGGAUAUAAAAAUGUUAAACGAGUUCCCGUUACAUACUGUUUAUACUACAACGUGUGUCUUUUCAGAUGUCCAAAACGAGCGAAGGCAAGUAAGCGCCAUAUCACGACUUGGAGCACCCUAAUAUAGCCCUGUUUAGGAAAUAGUACUUCAUUAAAAAUGGUUUAAUAAUAACAAAAUGCCUUCUUCAAAUCGUUAUUUGAUGAUUACUAAUAGGCUGACCUCUGUAGUAUUUAAAUAAACUAUUAAAUUUGAAGUUACUCGUCAUUUUUAGUACUAAACAAACACACACACACACACACACACACACACACACACACACAAAUAUCAAAUUCUAUGUAAUAUAAUGUACUAACUGCAUUAAAUGUGUUUGUAAAGUCGGACUUUUAAAACAGACGUGCCUUAAAUUAUUGCUUCAAAUAGGUUUUUCUUUUUUCAACAUAAAACUCAUUGUAUUAAAAAUGUUUUGAAAUUCCACAUAAUGUAAUGCAUUAAAUGCGUUUGUAAAGUCGGAAUAUUGAAAUAGACGUGCUUUAAAUUAUUGCUUCAAAUAGGCUCAUUGUAGGCGAAACGUUUUUCAAGGCCACAUGAAGUAGCCUAAUGUACACACUGCAUUAAAUACGUUUGUAAAGUCGCUUUACUAAAAAACUAAUAGACCUGCUUUGUAGGCCACAAGCCAAAUAUUGUCAUCAUGCACUACCCACUUCCAGCCAUUGCCAAACUGACACACUCUAUAACACUGUGGGGGGGGGGGGCUAGGUUGCGUGUUUAUGGCGGGAAGCAUAGGACAUCCUGCGCAUAAAUUAACUGGUAACAGUUAAACUGAAAUUCAGUAUCCAUUGUAGGGCCUCCCAAAAGUCCAAAACAUUGAGUGUCCAAAACUCGAGUGUCAAAUUCGACCCGGACCCGAUGAUAACGAGAUUUAAAAAUAAAGUAGAAUAGCAUAAUACAUCUCAAUUCCAGCGCUGAACAUGGAUGCCAAAUCAUGCUAUUGUACUGGAUAUAGUCUUAGAGAGGAAACCCGCUACAUUUUUUGUUCCAUUAGUAGCAAGGGAUAAAAAAAAAUGCACCAUCCCAUAG